AUGGCGCCUCCAUUCAGAGCAGACCAGAUUGGCUCGCUCCUGCGUCCUCCAUCUCUACUUUCUGCCCGUCAAUCUCUCUCCUCUCCUAGCCAGAUGUACGAAGACACUGAAGAUACCUCUGUCAAGAAGGCCGAACAAGACGCCAUCAACGAAGCGGUCCAAACUCAGCUCUCCUUGUUCAUACGUCCCAUAUGCUCUGGAGAAUACUGCCGCCACAUCUUCUACGGCGGCUUCUUCGAGACCUUGGGCGGCAUGACCCCUAUUCCCGACCUGCCAAUCCUUGAAGCAUUCCGGACAGAUUUCCCUACCACCACUAAACUCGCCCAAAUGGGCGCCACGACUCGCGCGGCCGUCAUCUGCACCGGACCUAUUCGGUGGACCAAGCCGGCAUAUCUAGAGGAAUGGCGUAUGCUGACCGCCAACGUACCAAAGGAGAAAUGGCACGAAUGCAAGCUCACGAUGCCCGCUCCGAGUUAUCAACACAUCCAGCUCAAACCCGGUACCACCUACACAGUAUCCAGCGGCUACACGAGCGAUGAGCAGUACUUCGCCGACCUCGCAAAGGCCUACGUUUCCGAAAUGAUGGCGCUUUACGAAGCCGGCUGCCGUAACAUCCAGAUAGACGAUCCACACUUGACCUACUUCUGCUCUUCACAAUUUCUGGACGGUUGCCACAAAGACGGCACAGAUACUCAUGCGCUGCUUGACCUCUACCUUCGAGCGCACGAUAUGUUCCUGCAACAUCUACCCAAAGACCUCGGUGUGGGCAUUCAUCUCUGCCGCGGCAAUAUGAGCGGAUCCACACACUGGGUCUCUGGUUCCUAUGACUCGAUCGCGGAGAAGCUUUUCAACGAGACUGGAUAUGGGACGUUCUACCUGGAGUUCGACGAUACGGAACGGCAAGGUGGAUUCGAGCCGUUGCGAUUCUUGCCGAAGGGGAAGAAUGUUGUGCUGGGGCUUGUCUCGACGAAGCGAGCGGAGCUGGAGAGUGUGGAGACGAUCAAGGGGCAGGUUGAUGAGGCUGGGGGUGUGAUUGCCAAGGCUCGCGGUGUGACGAGGGACGAGGCGAAGGAUUGUUUGGCUCUCAGUCCACAGUGCGGUUUCUCGAGCUCAUCACUAGCCGGUGGAAAGGAUAUGUCGAUGGAGCGGAUGUGGGAGAAGCUGGUCCUGGUCAGGGACGCAGCGAGAGCAAUAUGGUCGGAUGCAACUUGA